CUCAGGUUAGGUAAGGCUUCAUACAGAUGCACCUUAUCCAUUUAUCAUCCGAGACAGACAAGGAAAAACCAUCAAGGAAUAGAGUAAACAUAGAAUAAAAUCCUUUUCUCUCUUUUUUUUAUUGGCCCCAGGAGGAGAUGUCUGUGAAAAGUCCAAAAGGAGGACCAGAAAGUAGACCAGGCUCUGCUGCCAGCACGUCUUCACGAGGGGGGAAGGGUGCAGCAGCAGCAACAGCAGCUGGCAGAUUGCCCAUGAAUGGGAGUUUCAAAAAAAAGGCCCUUCAGCUCAGUCUCUCCAAGAAAUUCUGCACAAAGACAAAGUCCCCCUCAGAGCAGGAGAAAGGUGAGGAGGGGGCUCAGCGACGUGGCAAACGGAGUCUCAGCAACAGCUCAGCAGUGGCCGCUGCCUACAUCUCCUACCUCAACAAACUCUUCGGCCAGGAGAGGGAGCUAAUGCCAGAGGAGCUGGAUGAACUGCAAGAGGCCUUUAAGGAAUUUGAUUAUGAUGCGGAUGGCUUCAUACAUUACAAAGACAUCGCAGACUGCAUGAGGACCAUGGGCUACAUGCCUACAGAGAUGGAGCUCAUCGAAAUCAUCCAGCAAAUCAAAAUGAAAUGGGGUGGCCAUGUAGACUUUGAUGAUUUCUGCGAGCUAAUGGGGCCAAGGAUGCUGGCUGAGACUGCUCAUAUGGUCGGGCUCAAGGAGCUCCGUUGUGCCUUCAAACAGACCUCUUGGACAUCAGCACAGAAGCAGUUUGACUGUGACGGCGACGGAAAGAUCACAUUAGAUGAGCUGAAGGAGGGUAUGAAAACCCUCUUGGGGGAGAAGCUGAAGAAAGGCGAGCUGGAGGAGAUCCUCGGUGACAUUGACCUCAACAAAGAUGGUACCAUUGACUUCGACGAAUUUGUUAUGAUGCUUUCUGCAAGAUGACCUCUGAUGGAAGAUGAUGGAGGGAAACAACACUGGAUCCAUCAGCUGUGGACGAGUUCAUAUUGAGAAUCUGUUCUUGCUAUUGUAGUCCUUCUCUAUGUUUCUGAAAACAGUUUAUAUGAUAUAUAUAUAUAUUUAUAUUUUUUGUAUAAUAAAACAUGUGGUUGAAUGCA